AUUACUACGAGUCAACUGAUCUGCAAAAAAAGACUCCCAAAGCUUUCGUAUUUUGCACGUCCAACUUAUACGUGCAAAAUUCGAUCCCGCUUCUCGCAUAAAAAUCUCACUCUCCAAGCUUAAACGUCUCAUUAAAACUUGUGCACUUGACUAAGCACCAAUUUAUCAAAUUUGUAUCCAGAAUAAAAUUCAAAAUGUGGGUGGAACUCGUUAUCCUCAUUUUCACCCUCAUCUCUCUCGGCUUCCUUUACUUCCACCUCGCCCAACGACGCCAUGCCGCCUUCUGGUCGUCCAAGAAUAUCCCAUUCGUCCAAAAGGGGACGACUUGGAGUGAACUUUUAACCUGGAAGAAGACCAUGUUCGAUCAAAACUAUUACGCCGAGUUGAAGAAAAUUGGUGCCAAAUUUGGCGGAGUUUACGAGCAAGGCUCGCACGCUCUCUUCGUUAAUGAUCCUGACCUCCUUCGUGCCGUCUUUGUCAAGGAUUUCGACCACUUUGAAGAUCGCCGAGAUGUCAAGACCACCGACCCCAUGAUGUCAAAAAUGCUCGUUGCUCUUCACGGCCAGGAGUGGAAAGCCAUGAGGUCGUUCCUCUCACCAACCUUCACGUCGGGCAAGCUACGUCGGAUGUUUGCACAGUUUAAUAGUUCCGGAAAACGGUUGGAAACUCAUGUAGGAAACAUUCCAGUAAACCCGGAAACUGGCUGUCACGUCGUCACGAUACCCGAACUAGCGAGGCGUUUCACCGUCGAUGUUAUUGGGGCGACGGUUUUUGGAAUCGAGACAGGCGCACUGUCCGAACCGGAUCCGAUUUUUUACCGUCUGGCGACAAGAGCAGUGAAACCUUCAAAGUUUCUAAUUAUGAAGUUUCUCGUAUUCAUAUUUGCUCCAAAGAUAGCAACCCUUUUGAAAAUCAAAGCCUUUGAUGCUGAAGUGAUCAACUAUUUUAAGGGGAUUCUUUCCACGGCGUUGAAACAGAGGGAGGCAUCGAAGGAGAAGAGGGACGACUUUCUGCAGUUGAUGGUGGAGGCGAGGCAUGAAGGGAAAGGAGAAAAGAGCGAAAAUGGGGAUAAAACAGCAAUGUCAAUGUCGGACGACUCCAUCAUGGCGCAAUGUUUUCUCUUCUUUUUCGCCGGGUUUGACACCGUGGCGAAUUUGGUGUCACUUUCCUGCUACGUGCUCGCUGUGAAUCCAGAGCUUCAGGAAAAGGUGAGGGAAAAUGUGGAGGCCGCGGUGGAGUCGACGGGGGGAGAGGUGACGUAUGACAGCGCGUCGAAAAUGGAUUAUUUGGACAUGUUUAUUGCGGAAACGCAACGAAUGUACCAAAGCCAGCCCCGUUUAGAACGAAAGUGUACGAAAGCCUGGAAAGUUCCUGGGUCGGAUUUUGUCGUGCCAUCCGGCAUGAUUGUGAUGACUGACCCAGAGGCAUUCCACUUUGACCCGGCCUACUACCCGAAUCCGGAACAGUUUGAUGUUGAGAGAUUUUCUCCAGAGAAUAAGGCUAAACGCAACCCGUACGUGUACCUCCCGUUCGGUUUGGGCCCAAGAAACUGUAUCGGAAUGCGGUUUGGACUUAUCGAGGCUAAAGUAGCUAUUGCUCAUUUAGUCAAAACCUUUGAAAUCUUGCCCACCCCAAAGACACCCAUUCCGAUCAAGAUGGACAGGGUAUUUUCCGUGUCAAAGGCUCCGGCAGAUUUGGAGAUUUGUCUCAAGUUUAGAAGCAAGCAAGAAUAGAAAAUAUGCAUGCUUUUGAAUACGUUUAAUUAAAUACGUUUAAUUCAUUAAAUGGGAUGAGGUUUAUUGUGGUACAAAAAGUGUGUGCGCUAGUAGAUAUUUUUCUUAUGUAUGUAUGUAGCUGUAAUAUAACUAAUUAACAGAAAUAAAUACACAUGAAAUUUA